AUGCAGUUCAAAGCCUUCAUCAUCACCACGCUCGCAAGCGUAGCAGCUGCCGAAAGCCUCUCGGACGCCAUUGCCGACUUUCCCAGCUGCAGUCUCAAGUGCUUUGGUGACGAGGUCAGCGACCAGGGCUGCAGCCUCACCGACUUUAACUGCAUCUGCGAUCACCAGGUCCAAUUGGCCGUGAGCCUGGGCACCUGUGCUGGAAAUGACUGCAAAGGCGUUGGAGACAGCUUUGAUGUCGGCCAGGCUCUCGGCGACUUGUGCGUGCGAUGGCACGAGGACCCUCCGACCAGCGAGGUCAGCGCGGCCACGAGCACUCUCGGCGCCGCCGUCGCGAGUGCCACCGUGGUGAAUAGCACUGCCGUAGAUGCUAGACCAGCUGUCGGCAUCAUGGGUCUUGCCGCCGCCGCCGCCGCUCUGGUGUUCUAG